AUGGAGGUCAGCCAUGAGCCAAAAGAAUUAUAUACGCAUAAUUCUCCGCUAUGUGGAUGUGACAAUAAUAAGCUGAAAGGCGUCUGGGCAGAUGUCGUAAUUGUUAUGGACACAAGUGCUGUCGAUGAUUCAGCUGCUACGAUAAGAAGUUUUCUGAUAGCUCUGGUUAAUGCAACGAAUAUUGGCCAAGGCGAGGGACAGCAUAGUAGAAUUGGAAUAAUCAACGGCGGUAGUAAGGCCACAAUAUUUGCUAACCUGACAAAGUACCAAAACACCAGAGAAGCCACUGAAGACAUAAAAAAGUUACCUAUGCUGGGAGGUUCUAUAUUUCGUGCAGACCUGGCUCUAGAAGCUGCAAAAGAAGUGUUUGAUAUCGAAGUAGCUAACGGCCGCAGAACCCAUUUCAAAAAGAUUGUGAUCUUGUUCUCAACCAGAGGCUUUGACUGUGCGAAAUCAAAAUCUCUAAAAAUGAAAGUUGACGAAGACUACGCUUGCCGAAUAGCGUCACAUAUGAAGUCCAGCGGCAUCACGAUCAUUACUGUGGCAAGGAAGGUUUCAUCCACCGACUAUCCAUCAAUAGAUUUAGGAACACCUUGCUACAAAAUGAAUCAAGACAAUGACUAUGCGGCAAAUAUUGUUAAUCUUUUAUGCAAAGCUAACUGCUACUGCGAGCCAGAUUUCUCACUGGUUACAAACGAAGACGACUGUAAUCAGAUUUAUUCCGAAUGCGUCUACUUCUCAAUUGCGCAAAUGAAUUACGACUCUGCACGAAACCAUUGUAUCAGUAUGGGUGCAGGUCUUUCAAACGUCUUCAGCAAAGAAAAAGACAAAUUUCUUUACGGUGUGGUACAAACUUCAUGCAAAAUGUUCCCUAAUUUUCAUAACAAGGAAAAUCGGCACUUUUGUCGAUUGACGGCCCCAGCGCGCUGAUU